UGAAGUCACACUAUGAGUUUACACUUCCUUCCAAUCCGUGACAAUCUGACAAAUCGAUGAGUGGAUGACACGCUCUGACAUCAGCAUAGUUUAUUGUACACCGACGGGAACUGUUGGCGGUUGAUUCCACGGGCAGCAUCUGGCAAAGUUUACUAUUCGAGAUCCUCUGUUUUGUUCAUCUCUAGAUAUAAUAAAACCGCGCAAGCGAUGUUGGUUUCAAUUUAAGACCGGUCGAGCUUUCUAUCCCGUAGCUUUCGAAAUCGCCAUUGCUAGGAAGGUUGAACCGUGCACAGUGAUGAAGAGUGGAGACUGGGGCUUCCGGUGUAAAACAGGCUGUCUUUAUGAAAUCCAUCGAGGUGCGGAACUACUGCCGAUUCCUGCUCCCGCUGCAUAUUAGGCCUAUCAUAAUCUAUUGUUAUCCGAGAUGAUAUCCCGUACGAGUUGAAAGAAUCCGACAAACACCUGGAAUAUAACGAAAUCCGUCUCAACCAGCCUGCUCAGCCAUCCACGCUCCAUUGCAAAUGUCAGUUUCACUGGAAAUACAUCAAGUCAUUUGAUGGGAUCUUAUUUCUCGCUUAUUAAAACAGAGAAGCCAUUCCCGUGGGGUUUAUUUCAUGGGGAUGUGUUCAAGACAAGAGAGAAUACAAAAAGACGUCAACAUCGUAAUUCAAAGGAGCAAGGCAGAGAAAGACUGCCUUUUCUCUGAUUUCAGAUAUACUGACGCCACCUUCACCUUCACUUAUUCCAAAGGCUCCAGAAGGGUGUCCUACUCUGUGCACGUCUCUGACGACUACCCAGACAACACAUACGUGUCAAACUCUGAAAACGAGGAUGAAGUUCUAGUAACCAGAGACCCGAUCCCCGUCAUCUUCCACAGAAUCUCAACAGAGAUUACGAUCAACAAUGACGCCAGCUGCUGCCUGUCCAUCAAGACAAAACUUCAGUUAGACAAAAACCAGUGCCACUAUGCCAUAGAGGAGGACUCUGAGGGGGAUGCUGACUCUGAGGAGUUUUACUAUGGAGGUCAGGUGAACUACGAUGGCGAGCUCCACAAGCACCCCCAGUUGGAGGCAGACCUGGCGGCGGUCCGGGAGAUGUACGGACAUCACGCAGUAUCUCUCAGGGAAUACGGUGCGAUUGAUGACGUGGACAUCGAUCUGCACAUCGACGUCAGUUUCCUAGAUGAGGAAAUAGCCCUGGCGUGGGACGUGAUCCGCAGGGAGCCGGUGAUCGUGCGUCUACACUGCUCUCUGACACAGUACCUGAAUGGACCAGUCCCCACGGUGGACGUGUUCCAGGCAUCGACUAAGGACCGGUUUGGACUGGGACAUCAGUUGAAGAAGAUAAUGCAGACAUUUGUCACCCAGCAGUGGAAACACCAAAGUGAAGAGAAGCUCAACUCCCUUCACAACAAAAACAAGAACAAGAAGAAGGUCAAGUCUCCCCUCCACAUCUUCUCAACCCUCCGCAGAUCUCCCAGCUACCCGCCUCCUGGCUGUGUCAAGAGCAAGAAGAAUCUGAAGCCGGAACAAGAUGGCGUCUCUAAAUCCCACCGUCUCCUCGGCCAGUCCCUGUCUAGCACCGUUAAACAGCAGGUUGAAGCGGAGGUCCCUGGAACUAAGACCACCCACCGUCUCCUCGGCCAGUCCCUGUCUAGCACCGUUAAACAGCAGGUUGAAGCGGAGGUCCCUGGAACUAAGACCACCCACCGUCUCCUCGGCCAGUCCCUGUCUAGCACCGUUAAACAGCAGGUUGAAGCGGAGGUCCCUGGAACUAAGACCACCCACCGUCUCCUCGGCCAGUCCCUGUCUAGCACCGUUAAACAGCAGGUUGAAGCGGAGGUCCCUGGAACUAAGACCACCCACCGUCUCCUCGGCCAGUCCCUGUCUAGCACCGUUAAACAGCAGGUUGAAGCGGAGGUCCCUGGAACUAAGACCACCCACCGUCUCCUCGGCCAGUCCCUGUCUAGCACAGACCCCCGUUUGGACCAUGGAGGAGGGCCCUGUCCCGGACCCCUGUCCCUCAAACCCCGACGCAUCCUGGGCAGGCCCUGCUCGGCUUUGGUCAAACCAGAGGACCUCCGCCCCACUCCCCACAAGCUCCUGCCCCGAUUGUGCUCCGGCGACCCCCGCUGUGAGCACGCUGGUGGGGGAGGAGGUAGUCUUGGAGGAGGUUUGAAGCACCACAGGCUGCUCAGUAGGUCGUGCUCUGGUUCUAUCAGGACGGAGGAAUUAGAUGGACUGAAACACCACCACCACCUCCUCAGCAGGUCCUACUCCAGCAGUACCAAGAUGGGCAAAGCAGCGGACAUCUUCAAGGACUCUGUGUCUCCAUCCGAGGGGAGGCGGCUCUCUCUUACCUCAGGGCUCAUCGGGAUCCUUGCCCCCUCGCUCGCCACGCCCCCGCCGCCAAACAAUGGGGCCAAGUCUAUUCCGAUAAGAGACAGAGGCUUCCUUGUCCAGACCAUGGAAUAUGCUGAGCAGAGAACUCCGGUCCUGAAUGAGUUCUGUGUGGUGUGUGACGAACCACAUGUGUUCCAGAACGGACCCAUGCUCCGACCCACCGUGUGUGAGCGAGAACUGUGUGUGUUUGCCUUUCAAACACUGGGGGUGAUGAACGAGGCAGCCGACGAGAUCGCCACAGGAGCUCAGGUGGUGGACCUGUUGGUGUCCAUGUGUAGGUCUGCUCUAGAGUCUCCCAGGAAAGUGGUCAUCUUUGAGCCAUAUCCCUCCGUGGUGGACCCGUGUGACUCCCAGGCACUGGCCUUCAACCCCCGGAAAAAGGAUUAUGACCGAGUGAUGAGAGCCCUUGACAGCCUUACCUCUAUCAGAGAAAUGUCCCAGAAGAGUAUUGUUUCUCUACAGGCACCUUACCUUGAGGUCAAGAGGCAGAUGGACAAGCAUGAUCCUUUAGCUCACCCCUUACUGACAUGGGUAAUAUCCAGUAACAGGUCACACAUCGUCAAACUUCCAGUUACCAGACAGCUGAAGUUCAUGCACACCCCACACCAGUUCCUUCUACUCAACAGUCCUCCUGCCAAAGAGUCCAACUUCCGAGCUGCCAAAAACCUCUUCGGGAGUACCUUCGCUUUCCAUGGUUCUCACAUAGAGAAUUGGCACUCCAUUUUGAGAAACGGUUUGGUGGUUGCAUCCAACACAAGACUUCAGCUCCAUGGCGCCAUCUAUGGGAGUGGAAUCUAUCUCAGCCCAAUGUCAAGCAUAUCCUUUGGUUACUCAGGGAUGAACAAAAAGCAACAGAAGGUUGCUUCAAAGGACCAAACUGCGACAAACAAGACCAACUUACAUUUGCAGUCAACAAAGAAAGGCCAGCAGCCCCAGUUUUUGCAAAGUCGGAACCUAAAGUGCAUAGCCUUAUGUGAAGUCAUCACGUCCCCUGACCUGCACAAACAUGGAGACAUCUGGGUCGUCCCAAACACCGACCACGUCUGUACACGCUUCUUCUUCGUCUAUGAAGAUGGUCAGGUGGGAGAUACAAGCAUCAACACACAAGACGCUGGCAUCCAUCGAGAGAUCAUACGAGUCAUCGGCAAUCAGACUGCCACGGGAUGAACCUCGCUGGAAUGGAAAUGUCCUCCCUGUAAUUCUGCCGCCUCCUCCCGGCUCAAAGCUGCAUUUUUUGAGCUGCUGAAGCCCGUCGUAACACGUGUGUUUCCGACCAAUGUAGAGAACACAUCAACAACUUAGCAAAAGUUUGAAAUCUUCAAGGAAACCUUGAUGAAAUCAACAACACAUAUUUAUAACCGAAACACAGCAAAACUCUUUCGGGAAGAACACAUUUUGCUAAGUUUAUAAAUACUAUGAGGAAUCCUGUUUUUCUGAAGACACGGUAUGUCUCUGUUUGACUGAUUGGGACGACUUCAUUUUUUAAAAUAUAUAUAUAGAGAACAUUUAAAAACGGUAAAACUCUUUGGUGAAUAUUUUGAGACUUCUUGCUCGUAGAUGUGGGACCUUUUCAGCAAAAAUAACGAUUAUUGUUCCCUUCCUGUCUAGCAAAAAGGUCCCAUCUAUCUGACCUUAUUUACUGUAAAAGAGUUGUAUCUUUUCAAAAUACAAUGUACUUUAUGUAUACUGAAGGUGUUAAUAUGCACUUCAUUUUUCUUAAUGUCAUACAUUUGUUCUAACAACUGAGUCAUAAUCUGAUAAACUAAAAAGCCCCCCCCCACUUGAUUAUUUUAAAAUUAAACAAAAGAAUAGUUGUAUUUUCCGACGGUGGUGUGAUAUGUUGGUUACCAUUCCGUGUCGACUGAGGGACAACAGCAAUACGUUGAGUGGAAUAGACACAUUAGGCCCAGGAUUCUAUCAGGCCUGCAGGGAGUUCUGGGUGUACUAGAUCUGUCUUUCUCAUUGAAAUGCCACUCUAAGAAGUGGUAGAUUGGUUCUCUGUGUGUUAUUUAUAUGCUUCCCGUCCUUAAAUUACGAUUUAGCGUCUUUUACUUUCGGUUUUGUACACCAGGUUGAAACAGCUGAAAAUACAAUAUUUUUGGUUAUUGAAAAUAUAUUUUACAAUAUAUUAUCUACACUAUACUUACUAUGUUUUGUUACAUAAACGGAAAUUAAGCAAACUAUUAGAAAUUUAGCAACUAGGAAAUGACAGAGCGAUUUUCUGCACAGUGUACUGUUAAAGGGAAUUUACCAUUGAGCCGACAUCUGCCGUGUUUACUUAGCAGGCCAUCUCCUCGACCGCGGUAACAUUGCCUUUAAAUGGUGCAUCGCCCAAAAGCGCCGAUUUGGAUUGAAGCGUUGUAUUAAUUUAGGUAGUAGAUCCCUUUCUUUCACAUAUCAUACCAGGAAAUGUAUAUAUUGGUUUCUUCUCCUUUUAUAGGGGGGUCUACUGGUUUACAAUAGCAAAGACUUAGACUCCAGUCAAGAAUAGAUACAUUUGAUAAAUUCACAAGUUCUGCACACUUACCACUCACAACCAGUUUAAAUAGAAUAACACGUAUUUUAAAAGCUAUUCAGUAUUAACACAUGUCAGAUUGAUCUUUAUACUUUGAUUAAAACUAUGGGUAGAUGUGGAUGUAUAAUCGGAGCCCCAAUUAAAUAACAUUUUAAAGCUGUUCCUUUGGGGGGGGGGGGGGGGUCUAUACAUACUAAGCAUUAGUGUUUGCUGCUUGUCUAUAUAUUUCUGUGCUUUUAAAGACCAAUCAGAUCUCAGCUGUGCUUUUUAAAGACCAAUCAGAGCUCAGAUACUAUCCCUUGUGUUCACUGUAAAUUAUAUAUUUAUUAUGAAAUGAUGAUUGUUUAAAGUAGACAUUGAUAUUAGUCAUAUAGGACACCAACCACUCUGAACAUUGAUAUAGGUCAUACUGGACACCAACCAAUCUGAUCAAAAAUUACUGUAAAUCACAGGUCAUAUUUUUUUUAUGCAUUUUUUUUUCAUCACUAAUGAUUUUACAGUUUUAAAUAUAUUUUACGUUAUUGUAACAAAUAUAGGUAAAUAAAUACAUUGACGUAAUUUAGCAGAUGCUCUAAUCCAGAGUGAUUUACAGGAGCAGUUACAAUUCAGUGCCUUGCUCAAGGGCACGUCAACAGAUUAGUCACCCAGUUGGCUCAGGUAAUUCAAACCAGCGACCUUUCGGUUACUGGCCCAACACUCUUAACUGCUAGGCUACCUGCCGCCCCACCGCUAGGCUACCUACUCUUAACCGCUUGGCUAACUGCUCUUAUCCGCUAGGCUACCUACUCUUAACCGCUAGGCUAACUGCUCUUAACCGCUAGGCUUCCUACUCUUAAACGCUAGGCUACCUUCUCUAAACCUUCAGGCUACCUGCUCUUAACCGCUAGGCUACCUGCUGAUUUACCACUAGGCUACCUUCUCUAAACCUUCAGGCUACCUGCUCUUAACCACUAGGCUACCUGCUGAUUUACCACUAGGCUACCUUCUCUUCAAACCUUCAGGCUACCUACUCUUAACCGCUAGGCUACCUGCUCUUAACCUCUAGGCAACCUACCGCCCCACCACUAGGCUACCUGCUCUUAACCGCUAGGCUACCUGCGCUUAACACCUAGGCUACCUGCUCUGAACCAAUAGGCUACCUGCUGUUAACCGCUAGGCUACCUUGUCUUAACUGCUAGGUUACCUGCUCUUAACCACUAGGCUACCGGCUCUUAAAUGCUAGGCUUCUUGCUCUUAACCCCUAGACUACCUGCUCUUAAACGCUAGGUUACCUGCUCUUAACCAUUAGGCUACCUGCUCUUAACCACUAGCCUACCUGCUCUUAAAUGCUAGGCUACCUGCUCUUAAAUGGUAGGCUACUUGCUCUUAACCCCUAGACUACCUGCUCUUAAACUCUAGGCUACCUGCUCUUAACCGCUAGGCUACCUUGUCUGAACCGCUAGACUACCUGCUCUUAAACGCUAGGCUACUUGCUCUUAACCCCUAGACUACCUGCUCUUAACCUCUAGGCUACCUGCUAUUAACCCCUAGGUUACCUGCUCUUAACCAUUAGGCUACCUGCUCUUAACCGCUAGGCAACCUUCUUUUUACUGCUAGGCAACCUGCCACCCCACCGCCAGGCUACCUGCUCUUAACCUCUAGGCUACCUGCUCUUAACCAUUAGGCUACCUGCUCUUAACCAGUAGGCUACCUGCUCUUAACCCCUAGGCUACCUGCCGUCCCACCGCUAGGCUACCUGCUAGGCUUCCUGCUUUUAACCAAUAGGCUACCUGCUCUUAACCGCUAGGCUACCUAUUCUUACCUGCUAGGCUACCUGCUCUUAUCCGCUAGGCCUCCUUCUUUUAACCUCUAGGCUACCUGUUCUUAACUGCUAGCCUACCUCCUGUUAAUCCCUAGGCUACCUAUUCUUAACUGCUAGGCUACCUGCCACCCCAAACAUAGAAGACAGUGAAGGCAAAUGAGCAACAUGUUGUUUUAUCGCAUCAUUCAGUGACCAAAUCACACUAUUUCAUUUGAUUUCAUAUUAAUAUUUUUGCAAUAUCUGUCUUGGAACAGUAAUGUGAUCCUGGUGGAUGUUGAUUUUGUGAUAUUACAUAUGCUAUAUCAUGCUAACAACAGUGUUGAGAACGGAUGUUACAUCUGCUAUAUUUACACUUGAAACACAUUCAUAUACCAAACAUUGUCAAAGAUUUUAAUUUUUUUUUACUUCAGAUUUGUUUUAAAUAUGCAUGUUUUGUUAAUGAAUGAGAAAUGAUGUACUGAAAAGAUAUUUACUAUUUGUGAAUGAUGGGAUUAUAAUUUGAUGUCUAAUCCAUUCAUUAUUAAUUUAAAUUCAUGAUCGCGUUUGUAUUUUAGCUACGGUAACACAGUAUCCUGAAUCUCAUGAAAGAAGGAGGAGCAUAUUGUUGAACUGGAGGCAUAAUCGAGAACACCAAGUGAUGACAGCUCAUGACUGUCAAUUCAGAAGGAACUCAAAAGUUUUACAGAAAUCUACAGUUUCUCCAUUAUGACAGGAAACUUAAAUCAGUUGAAUGGAGACCAAUAAAUAACACAAUAUAAUGGUCGGCAGUAUAUAUUUCCUUUGAUCCACUUUGUGAUUGAGUGUUUCUGUUGAUCUGAAUGUCUUUGUAUUUUCUGCACAAUUAUAGUGAAUAAAAGGUAUUCUAUGAUUAUGCUA